UCCGCGGCGCAACGCCUGCGAAUCGACCCUGGGCCGGGCCGGAGACCCCGCUGGCGGGUGUGGUGGUGGGUCCAGAACUGGAGGCCUGAGUCGGGUGGCAUUCUGGAGUGAGGCAGUGGGCUCCGCGACCCUGCGAGAUGGAGGGGGCAGAAGGCAACGCGGGGCAGCCCGGCCCUGCGGAGCGGUCCCACCGAAGUAGCGUCUCUUCAGUGGGUGCCCGAGCAGCUGAUGUACUGGUGUACCUGGCUGAUGACACAGUAGUGCCCCUGGCCGUAGAGAACCUGUCCUCAAUCAGUGCCCAUGAGCUGCACCGCGCAGUCCGUGAAGUCCUGCAGCUCCCAGACGUGGCCCUGGAGGCCUUUGCACUCUGGCUCGUCUCCCCUCUCUUGGAGGUACAGUUGAAACCCAAGCACCAGCCCUACAAACUGGGCCGCCAGUGGCCAGAGCUGCUGCUGCGCUUCACCGACGCCUCGGAUGAUGAUGUGGCCAUGGAUGAGCCUUCCCUUCAGUUCCGAAGGAAUGUGUUUUUCCCAAGGCGCCGAGAGCUCCAGGUCCAUGAUGAGGAGGUCUUGCGGCUGCUCUAUGAGGAAGCCAAGAGCAAUGUGCUGAGCGCUCGGUAUCCUUGUGACCUGGAGGACUGUGAGGUGCUGGGUGCCCUCGUGUGCCGUGUGCAGCUGGGGCCCUACCAGCCUGGCCAGCCUGCCGCCUGCACUCUGAGAGAGAAGUUGGACUCCUUCCUCCCUGCCCACCUCUGCAAGCGAGGGCACGGCCUCUUUGCUGCCUUCCGGGGCCGUGGGGCCAAGACUGGGCCAGGUGAGCAAGGCCUGCUGAAUGCCUACCGCCAGGUAAAGGAAGUGACAGGCAAUGACAGUGAGCGUGAGGCCACCUUGGGCUCCCACUACCGCGCAUACCUCCUCAAGUGCCACGAGCUGCCCUUCUACGGGUGUGCCUUCUUCCAUGGUGAGGUGGACAAGCCAGCCCAGGGCUUCUUGCAUCGAGGUGGACGCAAACCAGUGACUGUGGCCAUCAGUCUGGAGGGUGUGCACGUCAUCGACAACAGGGAGAAGCAUGUGCUGCUGGGCCUGCGCUUUCAGGAGCUGUCAUGGGAUCACACUUCCCCUGAGGAGGAAGAGCCUGUCCUGUGGCUGGAGUUUGAUGGUGACAGUGAGGGCAUGCCUGUGAACAAGCUGCUAAGGAUCUACUCCAAGCAGGCUGAGCUGAUGAGCGGCCUCAUUGAGUACUGCAUUGAGCUGAGCCAGGCCGCUGAGCCCCAGGAGAGUGCAUCUGGCCCUCAGGAAGCUCCCAGCCCCUCUCCACCUCCCACCCAGCGCCCCAAGCUGCGGAGGCAGGGUAGCGUGGUGUGUAGCCGGAUUCAGCAUCUCUCCACCAUUGACUAUGUGGAAGACGGCAAGGGGAUCAAGCGAGUGAAACCAAAGCGAACCACCUCCUUCUUCAGCCGACAGCUCUCCUCCAGCCAGGGAAGCUACACCGUGGUGCAGCCCACUGAUGACAACCUGGAGCAGAGCUGAGAGAAGCCACGGCUGGCAGCAGGAGGACAUCCGGGUGCCCUAGACACCACCAGGCACAGCCCUAGGCAGGGCCAGGCCACACUCGUCUCAGAUGCUGUGGGCCUGGGUGGGGUGCUGUGCAGGGUCUGCUGGAGCUUCAGACCAUGGAAAAUCGACAUCCAAGCCUUCCCUGAGCCUGGCGUGGGCAGAGCUGCACUGCAGCCCUUUCUACAGCCUGCCUCUUCCCUCAACUCCAGGUCCAGCAGCUGACAAACCCAGCUGCCCCUCCUGCUCGUCCCCAAGUGGACUAUGUCUUCUCUCUGGAGGGACUGCUGGCGUUCCGAUGGCAGGCGACUGAAGUCAGAGCUCGGGACUUGCAAGUCCAGUGUUUGCCUUUGGUCAUGGGCCCUUGGCGACCUUAUCUUGCAUUCCUUCUACUGACAUUCCACCGUGCUGGCCGGCCAGGCUAUCACCUUUCUCCUAAAUUAUGUUGGAAGUGGAGGGCACCUCUGCAGGCUAAGCCCCUUCUUGUUGGCCUUUACUGACGUCUCUGUCCUGAAUGGUGGAUCUCCUAGGAACCGGAAAAGCCCUUACGUGUCCCUGGGCUGGAAUGGCUGUCCCAUAUCAGCUAGUUCCCUUGUUUUCCUGUGAUUUGGGUCUCAGGGUUAGAUUCUGCCUUGUCUCCUCUGCUCUGAGCUGAUAAAACCUGGGAGGUGACAACUCUGAAUUGCACUGCACUGUGGGAUUCCCUGAGGCCAGCCACAGGGGCUCAAGCCACCUCUCCUCUCCAAAGGAGAGCUAGUUCUGGGAGGGGUGCUGUCCUGGCCCUUAAGCCCUCGGUACUGCCUGGGAAUCCCCACUGGAUCCCAGAGACAUAGCUUAGCUUUGUUUUCUUGGUGGAAAGCCCUAGAAAUGCAAACCCAUCAUUUCUGUAAAUGAAAGCAGUUUGGCUGCCCAGUGAGCUCCAGAAGCCUUGGCAGCAGAGAGAGAAAAGGCUGGCCUCACUGUGAGGCAGUAAGACGGUGUCACCUGCCACUUGUGGUUAGCCCUUUUGGAGUCUUGUGUGUUCCCUGAGCUACCAGCCUAUUCUUGGCAACCUUUUGGUCACCUUGACUGCUGUUGAUGGCCUCAGAUCAUUAUGUGAGGGGCCCAGAUGCGUGUGUGUGGGUACACAAACUCUGCAUUUCCACUUGAGCCUUUGAGUUUUUUAAUUACCACGUGUGCCUUAAUCCUCUAGGACAGAGCACUGUUUUACUAAAUAAAUGUCUUGAGUGUUCCCAGUCUUUCCUAUCAUUGGACUUAAUA